UGACAGAAGAAGAAUAACUUGUCAUGUGGCGAAAACAUGGCGUCUUGGCGCAGGUUGCCCUUGCCGGUAACAGAAAUGUCCAUGUUCAAGCUUCAACAGCGGAGAGUUUAUAUCCGCCUAUCCUGCCGUCCCGGACCGCGAAAAGUAAGUCAGCCAAGAGACGUGUAGUGUCUGAAUUCUUCGAGCAGCUGCGCUCGUGCACGGCACACGAGAAGAUCAGAGCGCUCACGCGCGUACAGCGCGAUAAGUAUGUGAUUUAUCCGCAGACAUUCGCUCUAAAUGCGGACACAUGGUAUCAACACUACACUAAAACUGCAUAUCUCAGCGGUCUGCCCGAGAAUUACACCGCACCGUCCGGGGACAGUGCGGAGCAGGUGAAACCUGUGAUGGGUGAAUCGGUGUUAUUAUCUGAGCUUCGAUCCCUGGUGUGCAACUCCAUCUUACAAGAACACUGGUACAUGAAGAAAGGGAGUCCUGUCACUCACAAAGUGCAAGAGCAUUUAGUCUCUCCUUUUGUAAGGAACAUAGUGUGUGGUGUGAAAAACCUUCUGGCCAAAGAAAAUCCAGUGCUUGGCCUGUCCAGUUUAGAUUUUGACCCCAAAGUGAGUUUUUACUGGUUGAGGGGAGAAAGGACGAUUCCAAGAGGACACCGGAGUGGACGGGUCGAGCCUAUGAGAUUCCAGAUUGAUGAUAAACCACACAGCCAGAUAAGAAUCCCUCAACAACUUCAAGAGUUCGUUCCUCUGGAGACAGACAUCUCUGCUGAAGUUCCUGUAAUCCAUUCCGCACCUGACCUUCUACCUCUGUUCAGGAGACAGUAUGACAACAACAUCUUCACAGGUGCCAAACUGGAAGAUCCAUGCUGUUAUGGCCACACACAGUUUCACAUGGUCCCUGAUAGGUUCCACAGGGACAAAAUGAGCAAGAAAGGCCUCUCUGAUCAAAUCGAGGUGUCACUGAGAGCCAAUGGUAUUGCCAGUCUGUAUGCAUGGACAGGGGCACAAGCUAUGUACCAAGGAUUUUGGAGUGAAGAGGAUGUGAGCAGGCCGUUCGUCUCUCAGGCUGUCGUCACAGAUGGACAGCACUUCUCAUUUUUCUGCUACCAGCUCAAUACUCUGGCUUUAACCCCAAGGACCGACAGCAACAGUGCCAGGAAGAACUUGUGCUGGGGCACAGAAAGCAUGAGGUUAUAUGAGAGAGUCACAGACGGAGACGUGGUGGGCUGGAAUGAUGCCGUUCUUAAGCUGCUUGUUCGGUUUUUAUUAAACAAGCCAAAAAAUUGAAAAUGCAGAAGUAUAGAAAUGUAUGCUGAGCUUGUUUGAGUACGUUUGUUAUGUUUGUUCUGAGUGUCAAUAAACAUAAUAUAUGCA